UGCUUCCCUGCCUGCUAGCGUUGCUGUACACACCGAAACAGUCAAGAUGGCCGAUCUGGACGCAGUAAAUCUCGGGCUAGAUGAAACGGAACGGGACAUUGCGGAAGCGCUGGAAAAUUCGUACGACACCCGUUCGGAAGCUUCCGGCGAUGGGGACGGUGAUGAUGCGAACGAACCCGACGCAGAUGAGGGUGGCGAUGCAUCGCAUCCAAGCAUCAGUUCGGUCAGCUCGGCCGAAUCAGACUCCGGCACUGAUUUAGAGGAGGAGGACAACGAGGACAAAGGUGUGGGCAGUAAAAAGAAAAAGGUGGACAGUAAAAUCACCCAGCAGGAAAAUGGAUCCGCCAAGGAUAAGCAAGGGGUAAAGAAAAAGGUGAAGAAAGUGACGACGACUCAAACGAAUGUUGAAGACGAGGAAGACGAAGAAGACGAAGUUGACAAUGAUGAUGAUGAUGAUGACGACGAGGAGCAAGAGGACGAUCCGAUGGAAGAGGAUGAGGAGGAAGAGGAAGAGGAGGACGAUGAUGAAGAGGAUGAAGACGAUGACGACGACCAGGAAGAGCGGCGUAAUAAUAAGCGUGUGAAGAAAACUAAAAACACAACCGGCAAGACAGCGGCAGCUAAGAAGAAGGUUGUUGCUAAGAAAGCCACCACCACCACCACAACCGCCAAACAGCCAGUGAAGAAGAAGGCCAAAACGACUGCAGCCUCUGUAAAAGAAGUCACGGCGGAAAAGACAGCGGCUGUUGAGAAGAAGAAAAAGAAGGCAGCCGGUGCGGUGCAAGAUGGUAAAAAGGUGACUGGUAAGAAGAAAGAAGAGAAGGAUUCUGCCGCCAGCAAUGGUCCCGAAGAUCAGGACGAUGCGGUCAAUAAUAGUACCAAUAAUGAGAAUGACACGAGUACCAGCAGUAGCAGCAGUAGUAGCAGUAGCAGUAGCAGCAGUGACGGUGGCAGCAAGAAGGACGAUCGCAAGUCCCGUAGCCGCAGCCCGGCUUCCGGUGCACCGGAAGCAAAGCGCACCCGCACGAAAGCUGCCACCGGCAAUGCAUCUGGUACGAAAAACACGGUCAAAUCGUACGACUACGUGACGAAAAUUAACUAUCUGUUUCGCGAGGCACGCUUCUUUCUGAUCAAAUCGAACAACCACGAGAAUGUGGCACUGUCCAAAGGGAAGGGCGUGUGGUCAACGUUGCCACCGAACGAAGCGAACUUGAACCAAGCGUUCCGGGAAAGCCGCAAUGUAAUAAUGCUGUUUUCGGUGAAGGAAAGUGGCAAGUUUGCGGGUUUCGCACGGAUGGGUGCGGAAGCGAGGCGUGAUCUACCGGCCGUCGACUGGGUGCUGCCACCGGGCAUGUCGGCCAAAGCGCUCGGUGGGGUGAUCAAGAUAGAUUGGGUUUGCAAGAAGGAGCUACCGUUCACGAGCACCUCGCAUCUGUACAAUGCCUGGAAUGAUGAUAAACCGGUCAAGAUUGGCCGGGAUGGGCAGGAGAUCGAGCCGAAGGUUGCGGAAGAGCUGUGCCGACUGUUUACGGAGGACACGAGCAUCGACAUGACGCCGAUACUGAAGAAAUCGAAGGAAGCAUCCAAGCUGAUGAAGGAAAAGGCGGCCUCGAAAUCGUUCCGCAGUCGGCCACCGAACUUUGGACGGCCCACCUCAUCCUCGCUAAGAAGCCGCAGUAGUGGAGGAAAUGGUGGAGGUGGUGGCAUAGGACCGAUACGGCGCGGUGGAAGACGUAUGUACCCGGGCCCGAAGGGUGGACGGGAUGGUGUCGGUGGGAGUCGUUCGCACGCUACUAGCUCGAUGUUUGCCCCAUACAGGAAGGAUCGGCACGGUGGAGGAGGAAGUGGAGGUAUGGGUGGAGGUGGAGGAAGUCGACACGGUGGACAUGGAAUGGGCGGUCCACGGAUGGGUAUGGGCGGUGGAAAUGGUGGCGAUGGAGGAGGAGAUCGUGGUGGUGGGGGUGGUGGACUUUCGCGUUCUGCUUCCCUCGGAGCGAUGCAUCAUGCGGCCCACCACCAUCGUUGGGCGGAUGGGUACAGUUCGACGGCUGCAGCCGAGGCGUACGUUGCCGACUAUAUGCGCAACAUGCAGAAUCAGCUGCCACCGAUGCCGUACGCACCACCGCCGGGUUUCCCGGGCAUGCCGAUGCCGUACGACAGUUUGCCACCACCGCCCCGAUACUACGAGGGUUUGCCGAUACCGGAAUAUCCGAUGCCACCCGGUUCCAUACCCGGCAGUGUAACUGGUGCCGGUGGGAUGCCACCACCGCGGAGUCAUGCGGCUGCUGCUGCGGCGGCUGCCGCUGCAAUGUACGACAAGCGAGCGUACGAACAGUCGAUGGAGGAGUUUAUGUGGAAACCGAUCAACAGCAUGAGCACCGGCAGUGCUGGUAGUGGUGGGGGAGGUGGUGGAGCGGGUGGCGCUGGUGGCAAUGGGGGAAGUCAGGGUGGUGGUGGAGGUUUGAGCAGCGCGGUCGGCGGGUUGGUUGGCGGCAUACCGACGAUGAAGGGACCGCCACCGGUUCUACCCUCCCAUGGGUACCACGUGCCUCCGCCAAUGAUUCCACCGAUGCAUCACCAUCACAUGCACCGUAAGAAUGAUCGCGGCGAUGGCGGUGUCGGAAACUCGUCCGACCGAGGACAGCAGCGGGGCGGUGACCGGGAUCGUUCUAAUCAUCGCAGUGAUCGGAACCAGCAUCGCGGUGGCGGUGGAGGUGGUGGUAUCGGAGGAGGUGGCCGUGGGUAUAAUAAUCGUGAUAGGCGAUGAUUCGAAGCUUCACCGUAUCACCAGUAUUCCCCAUCCGAUUGGCUUUAGUAUUAGGAAGGAGGAAUCGAAUCGAAAAUCCGUUACUGCACCA